AUGAGUGCUGAUCUUUGCGCUGCUUUUCGGAGUUUUCUUCUUCAGUUAGCAGAAACAAACAUGAAAAGAUGGAAGAAAUUCACUGGAGACUUUCCAAUGACACGAGAUAAAUUUGGACAGAGAGUUGUCGAUUCAAAAUUUACAGAAAAUCCUGUCGAAAUUUCUGUACUUUGGGAUGCAUUUAAUGUUGAAAUGAAUGAACUUCAGUUUAGAGAAUUCGUUGCUUUCCUUCAGAAUGAAAUUCCUGAACAAGAAGUUCCAAGAAUUAAUACAUCAGAUCCUAUGGUUCUUAUGAACAAUGUUGCUCUUCAAAGAAGAAACGUUAUUGAUGCUUUUCUUCAAGUUGACCCUGGAGCAACAGGAUUCGUUUCCCAAAAAGAAUUUACUGACGUUUUAAUAAGUCUUCGAGUUGCAUCAAAUCCACGCGAAGUAAUGCCAUUAAUUAUGACAAUUGAUGUCAAUAAUACAGGCCAUGUUAGCUACUACAAGUUAAUGUACGAUUCAUCUUUUGUUAAACCAGAAAGUCAACGCUCAACUCGCAAAAUACUCGAUCACUCAGCUCUUACAAAAUCUCGCGGUGAGUCCAGAAUACCUCAACCAACACAUGCUGGAAGACAUUUGGAUCCAACAAUUUUUGGCGACAAAACCAUUGAAACACAAGAAGCUCCACGCCCAGGAAGAUGCUUAGAUCCUUCUAUAUUUGGCGAAAAACAUCAAGAACAUGCCGAACAACCUGCUCGUGGAGGAAGAAACCUAGAUCCAUCAAUUUUCGGUGAGAAAGUACACACAGAAGUUGUUCAAAACGAACCAAUUAACUACGAUUUCUCCAAGACAAAGGAUGGCACUGAAUAUUCAGAAGAAGUUGUUAUUUCCUUAAUUGCAAGGACAGCAAAUACAAAAUUCCGCAGUAUUAGAGAUUGUUUCGGCAGUUGGAGAAAUGGAGAACGUCUUGAAGCAAGAGAUAUCUUACUUGGAAUGGCCCAAGAAUCUAAUAUCGAAUUACCUCUUCCAACAAUCGAUAGAUUGGUUUCUCAAUACGGAGGACCACUUACAGUAGCCAGUUUCACUCGUCUUGUUAGUGAUGGCGCUAGAAUUAACGCUCCAGAACCAGUUGCAGCUGCUCCACCUCCAAGAACUGAAGUAGACGAUAUUAUUGAGAAACUCGCAGCAGGAGUGAAAGGAAAGGUUUGGGAAAACGUCAUCAUGCCGUCAAAGAACGCGUUAGAUUUGGCAAGAAAUCUCAAGAAAUUGGGUGUCAACGUUAAGAGUGAUGAAGUUAGAGGUCUUUUGGCUGAAAUGGGAAUGCAAGGAAUCUGCAACGCCAUUAAAGAAAAGAACAAACCUCCAAAACAAAGAAGAACUCAAAUUUAA